CCACCACCACCACCUCAAGAACCAUGUCUGGAAAGGGAAAAGCCGCUACUGGAGGCCGUGGCAAGAAGACCGGCAAGAGCUCGACGCGUUCGGCCAAGGCAGGCCUGCAAUUCCCCGUCGGUCGUGUCGCUCGUUACCUUCGCAAGGGCCGUUACGCCCAGCGUACGGGCAGCGGUGCCCCGGUCUACAUGGCCGCCGUCCUUGAGUACCUCUGCGCUGAAAUUCUCGAGCUUGCCGGCAACGCCGCUCGCGACCACAAGAAGACGCGUAUCAUCCCCCGCCACAUUCAGAUGGCCGUCCGCAACGAUGAGGAGCUAAACAAGCUUCUGGGCGACGUGACCAUCGCCUCGGGUGGUGUGAUGCCCAACAUUCACUCCGUGCUUCUGCCCAAGAAGUCGGCUUCGGCUGGCAAGAAGGGCAAGUCGUCGGCCUCGCAGGACUACUAAGUGCAUUCGCGUUUAGUGUUUUCUGGUCUAUGAUCUUAUUGAGCGCGAUCUCGGUCGCCUCUAACAUGCUGAGUUAGCUUGCU